AUGCUUGGUUUCGCGAAAACUGGCGCUUCUGUUCAAAAACUUCUUGAUUUACUUCGCUGUGACAAUUGUUCUCGAACUCUUCAUGAGCCCUACACCACUGGGGUGUGCACUCACACCCUGUGUAUGGACUGUUGCUGUAACAGUCUACCCCCCGCUGGGAGUCGGUCAAAGAGGCAUACUGGUUCUGCGAACGUUUGUCCCAAAUGCAAUAUUCCCGUCCGUCCCUGUGACGCCAAACCUCAUCCACAGCUCUCCUCACUAGUGCUCGUGGCUCGUAGGCUGGCAAAACUUCUUAGCUUGCCACCUAGCACCUACAGUGAAGAAGUCACACCGUUGUCUAGGAAUACGAUUGGUUUAAAUGACGGUAUAGAUUUUAUAAAGAAGGAUGCAUACUGUCGCGUUGAGAGCCCGUCUCCUCCAUCCGAUUCCCAAAAAGAAUUGACACCUGCCAGUCAUGCUAAUGCGACUCCGCUAGCCACCGCGAUCUCGCCAGUUGAAUGUGCAGUUGUAUCUGCGAUUGCGCUGCCUGAGAACGCUGAGGUUGUGGAAAUUGAACCACUUGAAACCACGUCUCCUGAGGUUUUGAUGAUGCCGCCACCUCUCAAUCCUGGCGCCAAAUCAAUCAGGAGAUCCGGACCUAAGCAGCACGUUGCCACAUCGUCCUCCGAAGAGGCCGAGUCUGAUCCGAAGGCGCCUCUCGCAUCACCCGAAAAGUCCUGUCUAACAGACACCUCGUUUGCGGAGAAGCCAAACAACACGUCCCGCUCGUCACUGGGACGGAAGAAGCCAACUCCGCUGAAGCGAAGCGCAACACUCAAACUCCCCUCGGUGGAACUCAGGACCACGAAGCGUUCCAGUGCCAUUUGCAAGUCCAAGUCAGCUUUGGACGUAAGCGGCGGUGUUGCCGGUUUCAAGACCUUUAUGUCUACUGUCGAGUUGAAAUUGAACAGCAAGGGUGAAAGUGUCAUCCACCGAGCCGCCAUCAAAAAUGACGUGCCCCUGUUAAAGAAGCUCCUUGCCAACGGACUCUCGCCGAAUAUUCGCGACCACGCUGGAUGGACGCCGUUGCACGAAGCGGUUCUGCGAGGACAUGUCGAGGCGGCAGAAUGCCUUCUGAAGGAGGGCGACGCUGUGGUGGAUAUGCCAGGGGGACCCGACCUGGAGACAGCCCUCCACGAGGCCGUGGUGAACCGUCGUGUGGAGUGCGUUCAACUCCUUCUGCGUUACCACGCCGACCCCAACUUUACCAACGGCCAUGGUUUAACCACCCUACAGGUGUGCGAUAAAGCCAUUGAGGAGAAUCGAGCGGCUGUGUUAGUGAAAGAUCGUUCUAGGAAGGACUCCAAAAAAUACUGCCACGCGUCGCAGGCUCUGGAAACUUUCAAAACCAUCAAGGGCAUUCUUGAGGAAGCUUCCACGACGCAGUCAUCUAAGCCACCGACACAGGACGAUGCGUCACUUAAAGCAGAAGGCGACAAAGCUUCCAAUUCCGCGGCCUCAAAGAUUUUUACCGAAAGAAGGCGUCUUCGACCAGUCAUUCUGGGUACUGGAUUGAGUCGGCUACAGCGCACGCAGCUAGCCCGCGUGGCGUCGAUCAUCCACGCGCGCGUUGCCUCGGAGAUGUCAUCGGAAGUGACGCACCUCAUCACGGGCACCACCAUCGGCACCUCACCGAAGGACAAGAAGAGAAAGAAGGCCGAUCCGGCUAAAACACCGACAUCCGCCUCCCACCCUGGAGCCACCUGCCCCCGCACCCUCAAGUUCCUCCUCGCCGUCCUCCAGGGCUGCUGGAUCCUGUCCUUCGAUUGGAUAGAGACCUGCGAAGUCGUCAAGAUGCGCGUGGAAGAGGAGGCCUUCGAGGUGAUGGGUUGCAACGCGUCACCACAGAGCGGCUCCUCGCGACGGGCCCGGCGUGCUCGCGAAGCUGGCUCAGCUGGACUGUUCCACGGCUUCCGCUUCUGCCUCCUGGGCAACUUCGCCUAUCCCACGCCAAGUCGAGUCGAUCUCGCGGCCCUGAUAACCGCGGGCGGGGGGACCGUGUUUUCGCGCGAAAUCUCAUCCCCCUCGCGACUCGCCUACCUAGCUGUUGACAACCCAGUCAUUGCCGGUGAUUGGACGGUCCAAGCACAACUCAAUACCUCGGUGGGCGGUGACACGGCGCCGCCGUCGCCGCCUACUCCCACGCCUACAGAUCGCACCGUCCAUCUGCACCAACUCAUCGCCCUCUUUGAUACACGUGUUUCGGAUUCAGGCAACAGUGGUGAUGGGGAUCCCAAGCCGGGUCAAAUCAGCAGUCCGAACCAACUAGUGAAUUCGGCGUUGUCGAUGCUUCAGCCAAAAAAGGUGAUCCAGGAGACUGCUGUACCUCCCAUUCGACUGCUUCCGGCAGCUUGGGUGAUGGAUUGUGUCGCUGCCUACUCAAUUUUGCCAGCUCCCGACAACGUGCCCCAUUGA